CUCCCGCCCAAGGAAUCCCGCACCAACCACCACCUCAAACCACCUCUGCCCGCGUCCGCGAUUGCGCCGGCACGGCUCCUUCCACAAAUGUGUAAUUGAUAGAUCGCAUGCCCGGGCGCCGUCGCCUUCGCCACUCGCAAUGGAGCCGCCGGCAAAGAAACGCCGGCAAGGCCAGUCGCCGUUCGACCCCUCGGGCGGCGAGGACGAUGACGAGCUCUUCUUCGAACCUCACGAAAUCCGCGCCAAGCGAGACCCCGGCUACAAGCUGUCCCUCGAGCGCGCCUAUGCCGACAAUCGCUUUCAGGCCACCAUGGCGCACAUUUUCGAAAAAUACAGCCGUAACUUCGAGGGCAUUGGCGACGAGAUCGACAUGGUCACGGGCGAGAUUGUCAUCAACAACGGCCACCUUCAGAACAUGCGUAACGAGGUUGAUGUUGGACUUGAAGGUCCAGAACACGACGUCGAUGACGACGAUGAGGGAAUACUGCUCGAGGACCUCCUGGACGAGGAUGUAAUCGGCAAGGAUACGCGGCACUACGAGGAAGAUGCAGGAGGCGAAGACGCAGAUGAAGAAGACCGAAUCAUACAGGGUCAAGAGCCCAGCCAUCACUCAACAGCAUUGGUGCCCGCAUCGCACGCCCGCGCGACGGCACCUUAUACAGGAUAUCCAUCUCUACUAUCAGGCACAUUCGCUGGCGCACCCGGCGGCUUCGAUUCUACGGCAGCCUUCGGCGGCUCCCCCUUGGCCUUUGGCGCGUCACCAUUUGCCAUGGACCCCUGGGGGCUCCCCAGCCUCUUCUCCUGCCCUCCAUGGGAGCCGCCGGACUUGUUUCCGAAGCAACCAAAGCUCUUGCCCUCGGCUGGAGACCGAUAUAGCUUCCCAGCUCAAGACGGAGGCAGCUCUAUAUGGGCUCCAAACUACCGCUUCAAAGAAGAUGAGCCUGAUUCUGCUACUGGCUCUAGACAGCUUGGGCCGUCGCGACCACCAGCAAGGACAAGGACAAGGCCAAUGAAGUAUCUCUUACCGCCAACUGCCACGCGUACAGAGGACGACGAUGAGGAGGACAUCGAUGAAGACGCUAUUCUCUCCGGGAAAUCUGCACAGCCUAAUAGAGCGAAAAGGCCGGCAGGGGCGGCCCGAGGUCUCGAGGAAGAUCCCCUGAACCACGCCAAGGGCCCCAGCAAAACCGAAAGAAGGGUCAAGAAGUCUAGUAAAAAGUGCAAGAUGAAGGCAACCACAACACCAGUCAUAUGCGCAGAGGGUCCCGAGCAAAGCAAGACCAAAGCAUCUUCCAAGGGGAAAGAGCCUGAGACGGCUGGUGAGCGGCCUGCGCCGGCAGUUUCAGAUGCUGCCGUUCCAAAGCCACAACCUGGAGUUGUCUCGGAGGCAACACAUCUGCUUAAUGAUGCAAUUAAAGAUCAAGAGCAAUGUUCGCGGAUACAGUCGGGUCGCAUACCGAGCCAUGUCAAUUCCAGGGGAGCUCUAUCCGAGAGCGAAAUCACAAAGAAGCGACCGCCUCAGGGAAGUAUAAUGGUCCAGAUACCAUCUGUACCCUGGCCGAAGCGCAACGAGUACGAGGAGUUCAACGACGUGGCUGAAGAAGUGGAAGAAGUGGCCGACUCGCAGGAUGAGAUUCCGCCAUCGUCAGACCAGGAUGUCGCGAACGGCACCGCCAGCGCGACCACUGCUCAACCAGUCGUGCUCGCGAUCGCGAAUAUCCCAACUCCACAAGGCAGCAACGCAUCACGCAAGCAAGCACGUUCAAGUCGAGGCCAGAAAAGUCGAAAGAGGGAACUUCACCGGGAAACAAACUCAUCACUUUUCGCGCUGUCUGACGACGAGUUGCCACUAUUCCCCGGAACGAAGCCACGCUCAACGUCGCGUGGAUCUAAGAGAACGACUACCCGAGCCUCCUCGCCAGAGCUGCACGACUCUGGCAUAGGAGACUCCGCAACAAACUUGAGCUCAACAGAACAGGACGAGCAAGACUACGCAACCAUAGCCUCUACAUCAACGGCGGCGGACGACAACAAGUCCAGCAGACGCAUAGCUUCAAAGGCGGUUGUGCUCGACGACACGAAAGUCCCGACGGCAUGCACCCGAUGCUCUAACGACGCUGAGCCAGGUGUUGGUUUUUCGGAUGACAGUAAGACGUCUCAGACCCUGCCGCGAGAAAGGCGAGAACGGCAAGAACACCGGAAGACGAGCAGACGCGAUACCUGCGCCGCUGCGCCAGAUUCUCCUUCAACGAAACCUCGAUCGAAGUCAAGGCGCGCAAACGCCACCGUCGCUCACGACCAAACCGAAAAGCCUGAUCAGGCAGGCACCACGGACCAGGAGACUGGCAUCGAUGCAUCAGAAGACCAGAACAGCGUGUCUCCGGCCUUACCCGUCGCUGAGGAGCCGUACGCCAUAUCAGAGAAGCCCACGGCCGCCAGCCGGCCGCCAGAGCCCAACCACAGAGAUACUCCCAAGUCGUCGCCGACGAAACCCGCGCUAGCCAAGGCAACCCCAAGCAAAGCUCCCGCCACGCCCUCGAAGCCGCACACCCCACGGCACACAUCCAUCCUCACGACAAGGGCCCCGUCAUCCCGCCGCUCCAUCCUUUCUCUUCUAUCCUCCGAGGGGGAUGCGGACGACGAUGAUGAGAGGGAGCUCGACGAGCUCGGCCGGGCCAUAGGCGGCAGUGGCGCGGGCCUCCCCGUGCCGUUCCUCAGCUCCGGCGCGCCGUCUAGCCGCAAGAUCUGGAAGUCGAGCGCCCGCACUACAGAGGUGUAUCACACGCCCAUCAAGAGGCGCCCCACCGACGUGGUGAGCCCAAGCAGCAUCACCAGGACCCCCGGCGGGACGACGAGGACGUGCGGGCUGGAUGGGUACCGCUGCGGACGAGACUUUUGCUUCACGUGCCUUUGACAAAGCGACCCAUGUACAACUAGCUUUUCAGGAUUGGAAAAAAAAAACGUGACGAGUUCUGUCUUGUUCUGUCUUGCCGCUGCCACAACGCAUAUAAUGUCUCGUUCUUGUCCUACUACGUAACUAGUAUGUGGUGUAUCAACAGCGCUGUCGCCCAAGAAAAAGCCUACCCACCGGUCUGGCCCUCCCAGAAAAACCCGAUGGGAGAACUCGGAAAAACAAAACAGCAAAAAAAGGCAGAACGGACUCAAGUAGAGGCAUAAGGGGAAUGUCAUGGGCAGCAUCACUCCACUUCCGCUCGAAAACCAUUCCCUCGUCCGUGAACGCCGUAGGCC